AUGUUGGAUAUUCUAUCAGAUGAUAUUAUUUGGCGAGUAUUUCGAUAUCUCGAUGUAAAAAGUAGAAUUCGAUUUGCUGCUGUCAAUACUACCUUUUAUGGGUUACUCAAUAAGUGGGAAGAUGUAUUGUGUUGUUCGAUUCAUGCCAAUGGCAUCACUUUAUCCGGCGAAGGUUUUAUAAUAGAAGUGGAACAUCAACAUUCAAAAUUACUAAUAGCACAAAUCCUGAAACGUUGUCCAUUGAUCCGGAAAUUAGCAAUUCAUAAUGAACGUGUCAUGUGUAAUACAAAUAGCAGUGUACUGGAUGAUUUGGUGAAUGUCGAUGAACUUCACAUGUCCAGUAACUUUUUCACUGAGUGUCAAUAUGAUCCAUUAAUUAAAUCACUAUUUUCAUUCUCAAAAUUGCACCUCCUUCAUAUACAACAACGAUAUAAUGAAGAGAAAUGCCAUCGAAAUAUCAUUCGUGAACAACACGUGGAACAGCUUACUUCAACAUCGCUUAGUAAUAUCAAACUACAGGGUGUUGUAAUAACAGGAUCAGUGUUGAAGUUAUUUUGUUUGAAAUAUCGGAAAACAUUAGAAAAGUUAUGCUUGUUAGGUGCUCUCGUACCAUCUCAGGAUACAUUUACUUGCUUUCAAGCUAUAAACAGCUUGGAUCGUUUAAUUUGUCUAACAUUGGCUCCAUCGCUGUAUUCGAUUAGUACCACAAAUGAGGCAUUUUUUAAAAGUUAUCCCACACUGAAGAGUUCUAAAAUGUUAAAAUUAGUAGCAGUUUAUGUGUCAAGACCAGAUGUAUCACAGCUAAAAUUAUUGCUUCAACAAAUACUUCCAUCUGAUGUUGAGCAAUUAAUGCUUUACGAUGAAAGCUAUCGAUCAGCUUAUCAAAUUGAUGAUGAAUUGAAAGAAAUGAAAUGCAAGAUUCAAUUUUGUCGUGAUGAUAAUAUAAUCAUUGACAGCUAUUGGAUGAAUGGUAAAAGUGAAUUAAUAACACACACAUUAUGGAAACCACCUUACAAAACCAAUACUUUCUUGCCAGCAAUGCUGCCAGAAUGGUAUUGUGUAUUGAGUGAACUUAUGGAAACAGCAGUGAUCAGCGAAUACUCAUGCAGCAAUUCAUCAAGAGUCAAUGCCACUCGGAACAUGUCGCAACUUGACGAAUUCACUUGUACGGAUCAUUCCGCAUCAUAUAAUAAUGAAGAUGAAAGAGCUUUAUGCUCACUGCAAAAUAAAACAUUGCAAGGUAUGUUUGAAAUUGCACUCGAACAUUUCGAUUUCAUGGCACUCUCAGUCAUGGUUGUUACGCAAUCUGUGCAGGUAUUCGGGAGGAAGAAAACCGCUACUGCUGUUGCUUAUUGUAAAAAAGGACGUGGUCUUAUCAAGGUAAAUGGUCGUCCUCUGGAACAUAUACAGCCAGAAAUUUUGCGCAUCAAACUUCAGGAGCCACUAUUAAUAUUGGGCAAGGAACGUUAUCAAGAUGUAGAUAUAAGAGUGAGAGUAAGUGGCGGUGGACAUGUUGCUCAGAUUUAUGCGGUUCGACAAGCGUUAGCGAAGGCCAUCGUUGCUUAUUAUCAGAAGUUCGUUGAUGAACAAAGUAAAAAAGAGCUUAAAGAACAGCUCGUAUCGUAUGAUCGCAAUUUGUUGGUAGCAGAUCCUCGACGACGGGAACCGAAAAAAUUCGGUGGACCUGGUGCAAGAGCUCGAUACCAGAAAUCAUACCGUUGA